AUGAAUAAGUUUAGGGAUCUACCUGAUAUCGAUUACACCAGUCAAGAGGUUUUUGAAUCAUCAGAUGUCGAGAGUGAUAACAACCCAGCUCCUAAUGAAGAUUUGGUGAAUGAGGCGUUACCAGAUGUGAAUUUACAAGACUUACAGACUCGGUUUGCUGAUACGAAGUUAGCAAACAAUGACUAUGAUUUUUCAGGUAACCUACUAAAUAAACUGUGGCUUCAAGUUGAUGGAAGGAAGGAAACUAAGCAAGAGCGAUUGGCGAGGAUCAAGCGGGAGUUAGAAGAAUUACAGCAAGAAGAGGAGACAAGCUGUCCUGUGACUGAUGCUCUACUACAACAGUUCAAUGGGUUAAAAUCGACAUCUGAUAAACCGAGUUUUCCCACAGAGGAAGAACUAAGAAUAAAUGAAAUACUAGUACCACCACCUGAACCGGUUAAUGCUACACCUCGACAAGGUGCUACAUUGGCUGGGCUUGAGAACAAGUUGAGUCAACUUGAGAAGCAAUUGGGAAUCAACAAUACACUACUGCAUCCAGUUCAACACUCGAUCAACGAUAUAACCAGAAAAAUCAACAUCAUCAGCCAUGCCGAUUACAAUAUCGACGCAAUUAAAUCCAAAAUUGAAACAACGGGGAAAGAAAUGGAGAAGUUGGAAUUAAACAAGAGACUAUUUGGAUGGGAAGAUGUACCAACUCCUAAACAAGAUAAAAUUGAUGAAUUGUACAAGCUAUUACCUGAUUUGGAGAAGUAUUGUGGGAAAGCACCCAUGAUAUUGGAAAGACUUAAAAGUCUAAAUAUGAUACAUAAUGAAGUGGAAGAAUCGUUGAAUUUUACCAUUAAUUUGAACCAAUUCAUUAGUGACUUGGAUCGCGAUAUGAAACAAUGGAAUAAAUCACUAGAUACAUUGAAUCGUGGGUUGGAUGUACUGAAGGAAACUUUUGACACAAAUAGGCAAAGUUUCCAAACUCGGUUAGCUGAACUUGAAAAUAGGUUAGGUUGA